UUGAAAUGUCAGAAGACUCGAAUUCAAUCUUAACAACUAUAAAGUAUUACAAAAGUAUUUUAAAAUUUCCAUCUUUUCCAAAAUAAUAUUCAGAAUUAGAUGAGACUUAAGAAUAGAAUGAACUUUUUUUCUGUAAUUCCAAAUAGAGAAAGGAGGAAAGUUUAAAACUCUUAAAAGAAUGGGCUUAAAAUAGAAUGGAUAUAUUUGAAAAGAAUAGAGAAAUUGUAGAGGAAUUGGCAAAUUCUUGUGACUAUAGAAUCAGAUUAUCUGUUGAUUUUCUUCAAAUUGUUUACAAAUUUUUCAAUGAGAAAUAUUUCCAUGAACAAUAAUAUGCACAAUUCCUAAUCACUAAACCUCAACCAGCCUUGAAACAAAAUCCACUAAAUCAAUUACUGUAUUCUACAGUAGGAACUUCGAUAUCCACAUUUGAAGAAAACAAUUUAAAAAGAUUAGAAAAAAUAGCAAACUUUGCUCAUACAAUUCAAACUGAGAUACUGAAAGCAUAAUCAUUUCAUGACUUGAGUGAUAUGGAUAAACAAUUAGACUUACUAUUGAGUUCAAUAAUCUCCUAGAAAAAAUUACUCCAAAAUUACAUUACAUCAGCAGGCUAGAAGUUAAAUUUAAUUAUCUAACAAUUUCCAUAACAUGCUCAACCAUAAAGAUAGAGAAAACCAAUAUUCGAUGAUUAAUAACAGCAAUCUUAAUAAUCUCAAUAAUAACCUUAAUAAAGUAGAACAGAUAAAAUAUUGUAAAAUAUUUCAGCCUUAGGAACUUUACUAGUUGGAGCAUCAUCUUUAUAAGAUCCAGUUGAAAUGGAACUAAACUAACAGAUGAAAGAAUAAGAAAGAUAAAUUAGAGAACAGUAAUUAAAAGAAGAACAAAGUUUAAGCAAUGGAAGUGAAUUAUAAUAAAAUUUAGAAAAUCAAGAAUAGAAGUAGGGCCCAAAUUAAGAAGAAGAAUAAGUAGAUAAAUAAUCGUAGAAUGAAAAGCCAUAAGAAUAAGAAAGUUAAUCAGCAUUAAAAGAAAAUUAAAAUGAAUAGAGUUUUGAAUAAAAGCAAAUACCAUAAAAGCUUUCAGGAUCAUUAAGUAGUGCAGAAUACUACAAACAAUAAUAAUAGUAAAAAGAAAGAUAAUAAUUUGAAUCAAAUAACAUUAGAUCUAAAAAUUAUUAAUCAUAAGAAUAAUCCUUUUAAUAAAACAAGUAUGAAGAUGAUGGAAGAAAAAUAAAUAAUCAACCAGUUGAUGUUUAUAGACUAAUUAUUAGUUUUGUAGCCACCCAAUAAUAUGCUAACAAACUGUUGAAUUAGUUAGCUGAAAAAGUAUUAUAAUAUUGGAAAUAAGUAUCUUUAAUUCAAUUAUCAUUAGGUUAUUACAAUAGAAUAGAAACGAGCACAAUGGGCUAAAGAUUCUUGUUUGAUAUAUAAAAAGGGAAUUGCAGAAGUGCACAAUUUAUAAGUAGAGUUGCCUGAAUUGGUCAUUGAUGUUGAAUAGCAUUACAAUCUCAAAAAAAUAUUACCUAAAGAGAUUGCAUAAUUUGAGGAUGGCCAUUAGGAAGAAUUCAUAUAAACAUUAGUUAUAAAAGAGAUUGGAUGUCAAGCAGCAAGAUUGCUAUUAGUCAAGGAAUUCAGAGUUCAUGUUAUUGAUAAAAACAAUGAAUAAUCAGCCAUUUUAGUAUUAACUAUAGAUAAAUAUGUUGGCUGUUGGUUAAAACAUGACGAUACAAUAGAAGGUAUGAUUUAAUUCUAUUGAAUUAGCUGUUGAUAAUCCAGUUCUUCAUUAUCCAAUUAAGGGAAUGGCAAUUCAGAAAGUUAAUGAACUAAUAUUAGAUAUCAUGCCUUCAAGACAUUUAUUGUUUUUGAAUGUAAUCUUAAUCAUUUAUCUUAGAUUGCAAAUGACAGAUAGAAAAGCAAAAUUAAAUUCUAAACGCCCGAUGAUAUGGAAGAAUUUUGUACAAUUUCAUAAGCAAAGGCUUGAUUAUAUUGAG